GACUGUAAUGUUUGGCAGGUUCGAGCUCAGUUCACAGCAAGGCCAAGACAAGCAGGCGAAGCAGGACAAGCCGAGGCGAGGAGAUCACUGGCUUCGUGGUUAGAGACACUCAGAUACGUUUUGAACUGAAUGGAACAGAGAGGAACCGAGUGUGUGGGAGACACAAGUGGUUCCUUCACUUAAUAACAGCCGAGGUUGGAGUUUGCCCUUGUGGACUAGAGAGCCUUUAACUGGCAGAGUGUCAGAGACUCUGCUCAAGACGGUCACUGGCUGCUCUCUCCAGAGGCCAGAAACCACAGCUCACGCAUACCCUGUGCCCAGAAUAACUCCAUUGGCUUUGGCCCCGAGUCCCAGGAAAUCCCUAUGGCAAUGAGCAGCCCCACCCCCACUACGGUGCCCCCCCCGGACAGCCUGUUCCCCUCCAGCUCCCUCACUGUGGUGGAUAUUGUGGUGCUGGUCCUGUAUUUUGUAUUUGUUUUGGUCGUGGGACUCUGGUCUAUGUGCCGGACCAAGCGGAGCACGGUGCAGGGCUAUUUCCUGGCCGGCAAAACCAUGUUGUGGUGGCCGGUGGGAGCGUCGCUCUUCGCCAGUAAUGUGGGAAGUGGACACUUUGUGGGGCUGGCGGGGACUGGAGCCGCCUCGGGAAUCGCAGUUGCUGCCUAUGAACUAAACGGAAUGUUCUCGGUGCUGCUCCUUGGAUGGCUUUUCCUCCCGAUUUACAUCACAGCCGGGGUGACCACGAUGCCCGAGUACCUGGAACGUAGAUACCGGAGCCCGAGGAUUCGUCUCUUCAUUGCUGUCGUUUAUUUGUUCAUUUACAUUUUCACCAAAAUCUCAGUUGACAUAUACGCAGGAGCCAUCUUUAUCCAGCAGGCGCUGCACUGGGACCUAUACAUCGCUGUGGCCGGGCUGCUGCUCAUCACUGCUCUCUACACGGUGGGAGGAGGGCUGGCGGCGGUGAUUUACACGGAUGCGCUGCAGACAGUCAUCAUGUUGGUCGGGGCUCUCACUCUGACAGGAUUCUGCUUUGCCCGUGUGGGGGGGCUGGAGGGGCUGAGGCUGAUGUACCCGGAGUCGGUGCCGCGGGUCAGAGACACCAACACCAGCUGUGGCCUCCCCCGAGAUGAUGCUUUUCACAUUUUCCGGCACCCGGUGACGUCCGACUUCCCCUGGCCUGGCGUGGUGCUGGGCAUGGCUGUGCCCUCCCUCUGGUACUGGUGCACAGACCAGGUGAUUGUGCAGCGAUCUCUCUCCGCUAAAUCGAUGCUUCACGCUAAAGGUGGCUCCCUGUUUGCCGCUUACCUGAAGAUCCUGCCACUGUUCAUCAUGGUCAUUCCCGGCAUGGUCAGCCGUGUGCUGUUCCCUGAUGAAGUUGCCUGUGCCAAUCCUGACGAGUGCCAGAGGCUGUGCGGGAAUUCUGUCGGCUGCACCGACAUCGCUUACCCCAAACUGGUGAUGGAGCUCCUGCCAGGCGGGUUGCGAGGGCUGAUGAUGGCGGUGAUGGUUGCCGCUCUCAUGUCCUCGCUCACCUCCAUUUUCAACAGCUCCAGUACCAUCUUCACCAUGGACCUGUGGCUCCGUUUCCGGCCACACUGCACAGAGUGGGAACUCAUGGUUAUCGGCAGGGUAUUUGUGCUGGUGUUGGUGCUGGUGUCUGUGCUGUGGAUCCCGCUGGUGCAGGCCAGCCAGGGAGGCCAGCUCUUCAUCUACAUCCAGUCCAUCAGCUCCUACUUGCAGCCGCCCAUCGCCAUCGUCUUCAUCGCCGGCUGCUUCUGGCCUCGGGCCAACGAGAAGGCUGCGUUCUGGGGGCUUCUGGCUGGCAUUCUGCUUGGCUGUGUGCGGAUGGUUUUGGAUUUUAUUUACGAGGAGCCGGUGUGUGGUCAGCCUGACACCCGCCCGGACAUAGUGCGCUGUGUUCACUACCUGCACUUCUCCAUCAUCCUGUCCCUCUUCACUCUCAUCAUGGUGGUCUCCAUCAGCCUCUGCACCGAAGCUCCUUCACCAGAGAGCGUCCGACAGCUCACCUGGUUCAGCCGCUACGAGGAUCCAGAGCAUCAACCAGCACCAGAGCCUCCUCCACAGGAGAUUCCCAGCAGCAGCUCUGACACAGAUGGUGGGCGGGGGCGAUGCUGGUGGCUGUUGGCCUGUGUGCUAUGGUUCUGUGGGAUGGACAAACAGCAGAAGAGGCAACAAGUGGUGGCGGUGAGAAGGAGCCGGAAGGAGAACAUGGAAUUGCUGUGGGAGGAGCCAGGCCUGAGAAACCUCGCCAACGCCAGCCUCCUGCUGUGUCUUAGCGCUGCCGUCUUCCUCUUCGCUUAUUUUGGUUAAUUUAAUAAAAUAUCCCCUGAGCGACUGUGUCUGGGAUCAUUA